UCUCUCAGCAAUGAAACUACUGGUUUUAAUGUUGUGCUUGGCAGCGUUGUGUUCUUCUGUCCCUGUCUCGGAGGAGAGGGCACGAGUUAAACGCUCAGAUGAAAGCGAUGAGAUGAACCAGAACUUUAUGCAGCCUCAGUUCCAGCAAAUUCCCAUCCCCAUUCCAGUGCCAUUCCCACGGCCUUUUGCUUUCCCUUUUCCCUUCCCACUUGUGCCUUUUCCACCAAUCAUCCCACCUGUCAUCCCUCCAAUUCUUCCGAUCCCUCCGAUCCCUCCGAUCCCUCCGAUUCCUCCGAUCCCUCCGAUCCCUCCAAUUCCACCAAUCGGAAAAUGA